UCCAGAACCUUCCAGAACCUUCCUCCCCCAUGGCUCUGGUUCCCGCCAACUCCGCCCCCGCCCCGGCCCCCGCGCCGCCUCUCAUCGCCGAGGUCGAGAUGAACAGCUGCGAUCCCACCUCCGUCACCGUCCGGGCCACCGUCGUUCAAGCCUCCACCGUCUUCUACGACACCCCCGCCACUCUCGACAAGACGGAGCGGCUGGUUGCGGAGGCCGCUGAGCUCGGAUCGCAGCUGGUCGUGUUCCCGGAAGCGUUUAUCGGCGGCUACCCGCGAGGUUCUACGUUCGGCGUCGCCAUCGGCAGCCGCUCGGCGAAGGGAAGGGAGGAGUUCCGGAAGUACCAUGCCGCGGCCGUCGACGUGCCUGGUCCGGAAGUUGAUCGGUUGGCCGCGAUGGCCGGAAAGUAUAAGGUUUUUCUGGUAAUGGGCGUGAUUGAGAGGGCGGGGUAUACUCUUUACUGCACCGUUCUGUUUUUUGAUUCUCAGGGUCAGUAUCUAGGCAAGCACCGGAAGCUCAUGCCUACAGCUCUGGAGCGCGUGAUUUGGGGGUUUGGAGACGGAUCGACGAUUCCGGUGUAUGAAACUCCGCUUGGAAAAAUAGGUGCCCUUAUUUGCUGGGAGAAUAGGAUGCCACUUUUAAGGACUGCAUUGUAUGGCAAAGGUAUUGAGAUAUACUGUGCUCCUACUGCCGAUGCCAGGGAAGUGUGGCAGGCCUCCAUGGCGCAUAUCGCUCUCGAGGGCGGAUGCUUCGUCCUGUCCGCGAACCAGUUCUGCAGGAGAAAAGACUAUCCUCCCCCGCCCGAAUAUGUCUUUGCGGGUCUAGAGGACGAGCCCUCUUCAGAUACUGUUGUUUGUGCUGGCGGAAGUGUCAUCAUUUCGCCGUCUGGCGCAGUCUUGGCUGGCCCCAAUUAUGAGGGAGAAGCUCUCAUCUCAGCUGACUUGGACCUUGGAGAAAUUGUGCGAGCCAAGUUCGAUUUCGAUGUGGUCGGGCACUAUGCAAGGCCGGAGGUGCUGAGCCUCACUGUGGAAGAUCAUCCGCUGAACCCGGUGUCAUUUGCAUCUGCCGCGAAAUCUGAAAGUUCACAGAAAUCAUAGUUGUUCAUCAGCCUCGUAAUCUUACAAAAUAACAUUUGUACUUAAGUGUAAUCUUGUAACAUUUGUUUGGCACUUAGUCACUGUCAAUUACAAAGGAUUGUACUGUACUCUUCAGAGUUCAAAUGGAACAGUUAUGUUUUGCUGGUAUCA